AUGGGAGGAGAGAAAUGUAGUCACCCAAUCUCCUCCCUUCUCUUCCUCUGUUCCUUCUUCUUCUUUCUCCUUUACAUCGUUCCUUACCCAACAAUUGCCAAAAAGGAUUCUUCAUCAUCUCCUCCUCAACAUGUGGUAAAAUAUUCUCCCCUAGACAAUUACCUACUCGACUGCGGCGCCGCCGAUGCUACCACCUUAAACGACGGCCGAUCAUUCCGUUCCGACAGUCAAUCAGCUUCUCUCCUCUCAACCUCCGAAGAUUUACAAGCAUCCAUUCCAUCUCUUUCCAAUUCCAACGCCGCUAAUUCCUCCUUUCUCCUCUCUUCUUCUUUACCUCUCUAUCAAACAGCCAGAAUCUUCGCUGAAGAUUCCACUUAUAGUUUCUUCAUUUCUCGUCCAGGUCUACAUUGGAUUCGUCUCUAUUUCUUCCCUCUUCCUGAUUCCACAUACAAUCUCACCAGUGCCACCUUCUCCGUCACCACCGAUUCCAUAGUCCUCCUCCAUGACUUCUCCGUUCCAGACAACAAAUCCCUAGUCUUCAAAGAGUAUCUCAUCAACAUCACCUCCGAUAGAAUCUCCCUCAAAUUCAUGCCUCAAUCCCAAUCCAUCGCCUUCAUUAAUGCUAUCGAAGUCGUAUCGGCACCCGAUACGUUAAUCUCCGAUACCGCCACCACCGUCUCCCCUGUCGGAAGCUUCAACGGUUUAUCCAAUUACGCGUUAGAAGUUUCCUACCGUUUGAACGUCGGUGGACUUCCUUUAACGCCGUAUAACGAUACGUUAGGGCGGACGUGGCAGACGGAUUUGCAAUUCAUGAAGAACCCCUUAACUGCCCAGAACGCAUCGGUUUCUCCGGCCGCCGUUAAGUUCCCUUCCAGCGGAGCUAGUGCUUUAAUUGCCCCGAAUUCGGUUUAUUCUACGGCGGAUCAGAUGGCGAAUGCUAAUGUCACGAACCCGAAUUUUAAUCUCACAUGGGUGGUGAAGGUUGACCCUUCCUUCUCCUACUUGAUCCGACUCCAUUUCUGUGAUAUUGUGAGUACAACCCUCAAUGAUCUCUACUUUAAUGUUUACAUUAAUGGGAUGAUGGGUGUAUCGAGUCUCGAUCUCUCCUCCUUCACCGGUGCCCUCGCCACCGCUUAUUACCAGGAUUUCGUACUCAACGCCUCCGCCGUUGACAAUGGGGCCAUUAGGGUACAAGUGGGCCCGGCUUCUAAUGUUCAAUCAAGUACACCCAAUGCAAUCCUGAACGGUCUCGAGGUCAUGAAGAUGAGCAACGAAGCUGGUAGCUUAGAUGGCUUGUUCGCCGUUGAUGGGUCAAAUGCGGGGUCCACUUUUAGCCGUUAUAAGCUCAAGAUAGUCGCUGCAGUUGGGCUCGCCAUGGGUGUCACCGCUAUGCUGUUACUUGCCAUGAUGUUUGUGAGAUGGCAGAGAAGACCUAACAAUUGGCAGAAAUGCAACAGCUUUUCCUCGUGGCUACUCCCUCUUCACGCUAGCCAUUCAAGCUUCAUGUCAAGCAAAAGCGGAUCCCGGACCGGCGGGUUCAAGUCAAAGAGUAAAAGCGGGUAUUCGGGUUUCUAUUCUUCCACUCUCGGGUUGGGUAGAUUCUUUAGCUUCGCGGAAUUACAAGAAGCCACGCGUAACUUUGAUGAUAAUGCCGUGAUUGGUGUUGGUGGUUUUGGAAAGGUUUAUAUUGGGGAGAUCGAUGGUGGAACCAAACUUGCCAUUAAACGUGGGAACCCAAGCUCAGAGCAAGGCAUCAAUGAGUUCCAAACUGAGAUUCAAAUGCUUUCCAAGCUUCGUCACCGUCACCUAGUCUCUCUUAUUGGGUAUUGCGAUGAAGGUUCAGAGAUGAUACUUGUGUACGAAUACAUGGCAAAUGGACCACUCAGAGACCAUUUGUACGGCUCUACCCUCUCUCCAUUGUCAUGGAAACAACGGCUAGAGAUUUGCAUCGGUGCGGCACGUGGGCUUCAUUAUCUCCACACGGGAGCCGCACAGGGAAUCAUCCAUAGAGACGUGAAGACAACUAAUAUUCUCCUGGACGACAAUUUCGUUGCUAAGGUUUCUGACUUUGGUCUUUCCAAGACUGGACCGUCCAUGAACCAAACCCACGUCAGCACCGCCGUGAAGGGCAGUUUCGGGUAUCUUGACCCGGAGUACUUCAGGCGGCAACAGCUGACGGAGAAGUCAGAUGUGUACUCAUUUGGGGUUGUUCUGUUUGAGGUGUUGUGUGCGAGGCCAGCUAUCAAUCCGUCAUUGCCAAGGGAACAAGUGAACUUGGCAGAAUGGGCAAUGCAAUGGCACAGGAAGGGAUUGUUGGAGAAGAUAAUUGAUUCUCAUCUCCAAGGGACUAUAUGUGUUGAGUCAUUGAAGAAGUAUGUGGAAGCUGCAGAGAAGUGUUUGGCUGAUUAUGGUGUGGAUAGACCAUCUAUGGGAGAUGUGCUUUGGAAUUUGGAAUAUGCUUUGCAAUUACAAGAAGCAGCAACACACCUUGAACCACCGGAGGAAAAAAGUCAUGCUAAUCUAAUUGCUUUGCAGCCACAGGGGAAUAAUGAGGGCCACGACAAUAACAAUGUCGCUGUUACAGUGCCGGCUUCUGUUGCCAUUGAUGAUGAUUCAGGAGUGGUUCAUUCUCCUUUGUUUUCUCAGAUUGAAGGGUUUCAAGGAAGGUAAAGAUUUGAGUUGAGUUG